GGUCAUAGCGAGGGCUACGGAGGCGCGGAUGGCCAGCGGUUGGGUGGGUCUGUCACGGGGCUUCCAAAGGACUAUAUUAAUAACGCAACGUUUCCCGAAAUCUGUCGUGCACCCACGGAAUUAUAUAUCGCGUCCCAGGAGAGCGCCAGGGACAAACCCAGGCCUAUAGGCUGGUCGCAGACGUGAGAGCAGAGCGAGGAGAGUGUGUGGAGCGAGAGGUUUGAGAAAGCUUGCGUCAGUGAGCUCCAUGAAUCACCCAAGGAGACAAUAACAAGAGCGACCAGGGCGGUGUAUGUGGUGUGAUUCACCAUGUCUAAAGAGUACGACCACCUCUUCAAGUUACUCAUCAUAGGAGACUCGGGUGUUGGGAAGAGUUCUCUACUUCUAAGGUUUGCAGACAACACGUUUACGGGCAACUACAUAACGACGAUUGGCGUAGACUUCAAGAUCCGCACACUAGAGGUAGAUGGGGAGAGAGUAAAAUUACAAAUCUGGGACACCGCAGGACAAGAACGCUUCAGAACCAUCACUUCCACGUAUUAUCGAGGAACCCACGGAGUAAUAGUGGUAUACGAUGUAACCAAUGGGGAGAGCUUUGCUAAUGUCAAGCGCUGGCUGCACGAAAUUGAGCAAAAUUGUGAAGUAGUCAACAGAAUAUUAGUUGUGGGAAACAAAAAUGAUUGUCCUGAUAGGAAGGUUGUAUUGUAUGAAGAUGCCAAACGUUUCGCUGAUCAAAUGAAUAUUAAGCUCUUUGAAACUAGUGCGAAGGACAAUAUCAACGUGGAAGAGAUGUUCACAUUGAUGACAAAGAUGGUAUUACAAACUAAAAAGGAACAGAAAGACCGACAGACAAACACAAACGAUCCAGUGCGUCUCCAUAAUCCUAAAAAAGGCAAAGGAAAACAGAAAUGCUGCUAGCAAACAUAAGAUGGUGCUGUCAGAGGAUAACCGAGGGCGUGAGGCACUUCACCCCACAAGUGUCUUGGAGAUAUAUUAGCUUCUUUCAAUUAUAAUUAAUGUGUGAGAGGAGAGAGUUUUUGAUAGUUAUAAAUUACUGUACCAAGUGUAUGUGCUUGUGUGUGUGUUGUCAGAGAACUAUAUGAGAGUUAUUAAUAUAAUUUUUUUUUUUGCAAAGGAAUUUUUGUCAAAAGUCUAAAGCCAAAAAGUAUUUUAUCAUUACAGCAUGUUAUUAACUGCCUCUUUUACUACUGCCUUCUCAUGUUAAGAGGACAGUGUGGCUUCAUGAGCCCAGAAGUUGUUUAAAGAUUUGUGAUAUAUUAGCAUGAAUUACUUAUCAGGUGUAAUAAUGUCUUCAAAUUUUACUUUGAAACAUGAAAGUUUGUCUUGAGUGGUUUUUAUCUUCUUUUUUUUCUGGAUAGAAUGGUAAGAUACUUUUGUGUGGAUAAAGAAUAUGCUGAAAGAAGGACAUUUAGCUUUAUAGAACCUUUAUAUUUUCCAUUUUUGCCUUAAUAAUAUGACUGACAAGACACUGAUGACAUUGUACAAAGCCCCGCUGUAUUUUUUGUGAAUGGAAGUGAAGGUUGGCUUAUGUGGUUAGUUGAGAAGGUGAUGCAGUGCAUCUCAUUUUUAAAUACACAAAGAUUGAUAUAAGAUACAAAUAUUAUAAAUUAUAAAUUUAACCUCUUGUUAUUGACGUUGAAAAAAACGGACAAUAGUAAUAUAUAAAAUGUGUAAGCUAUUUUAAUGGGAGCAUAUUAUUUUCCUAACAUUUGGGAUAGAGGAGCAUUCUGCAUGGUUUCUAAUGAAGUUCAAUACUCUACCCAUAAGGUAAACACUUGUACAGCAAUGGUGAUAAAUGCCGUAUUUUGAUAGCGAAUGAUUGCCUAUGCACAACAUUGUGUUUGUGAUGUCUUUGAAUAUCUCUUGUAAUAUUAUUAUUAUUGUGGCUACUGUAUGUAUUGCAGUAGGACCGAGUUUAGGUUGUUUCUUAAAUGUUUUGUAUUUAAAGAUUCUUGCACAAUAUUCCAUUUUUCAUAAUGCACUAGCCAGUUACAUAUCCCUUUAAAGGCAUGCACUAUAUAUAUAUAUAUAUUUUUUUUCACUUAUUAUCCUGUGAACUGACCUUGAGAUGAAAGGCAAAUCUGCUGGUUUAGUCAAUCGUAUUUUAAAUUUUUGAGUUUGCAUUUCAAAUAUGUGUGUGUAAAUCUUGAAAAACCAACCACCCUAUUUGGAAGAGUUUCAGUAUUUUGUCUUGAUUUUUCUUUGUAUCAGAAAGUGAGCAAGUCUGUGUUUGUAAUCAUUCCUGCUUCUCUACUCAUGUCAUAUGCUUGUAGUUUAAAUCUGAAUUCAUCCAAUGGGACAUCAGUACUCAUGCCAGCUUCCUGUGUCAUCUUUUAGGUGUCAUCUUCAUCAUCACUAGAAUACUAACUUCUGUAUCAUGUACGAAAUCAUCUUUAGCAUGGACUGUAUACUGACCCUCUUAGCUCAUCGUCAUCCUGUAUGUGUUACCUAUAUUCAGUAUCAUUAGGACAUCUUCCUGAACGUUGUAUCUCAAUACAUGUGCCAGCUGCCCGUGUCUCAUCCUGGACACAACACUGGAAUGCCACCUGUUAAAUUCUAUCCAAUAUGCCAUUUUUCACUCACUCAUACAUCCUGGAUCUUCUUGCUUUCAUACCACUCUUCUGCAUCAGUCAUUUAUCCAUGCCUGCACAAUUAAUAAAUUUUGAAAGUGCUGUAAUGGUAGAGUAGUUUAGAAAAGUGUAUAUUGCAUAGUUGUUAUAAUUUUAAACUGUGACGCUUACAUAAACUAGGUAUUAAAAAAAGACGUCUAGAUCUCUAUUGUGUAACAGUCAAUUGAGAGCUACAUGUGUGGUCAGGUAUUUACUUGAGAAAGCUGGCUGUUACUGGCUCAAUACUCAAAGGUUAGGUGGCUUGAGGUCCCUUUUGAAGCAUUUUGUCAAGGAUGUAAGGAUUGACUGAUUUAUCAUGACAGUUUUGGGUUCACAGUUAUGGUGUUUAGUGCUUUCAAUGCCUCACUAUAGGAAUGACAUGUGAAGCUUGUUAUGUGUAUUAAUUUGAAUAUUCUGAACCUAUGCUAAAUAUGAUCAUAGGCUUGAACAAAUUAUCAUGAAUCUUCAAGCAUAGCAAUGUACAGUUUUACUGCAGUGGCACAUCUAUUUCCUAGUAAUAAUUUGGGGGAAUUUUGUUUCACUUGUUCAUGUAUCUGAUUAAUUUCUUGGGAGCCUGUGGAUGGAAUUGUAACUACAGUAUAGAAGUAGUAGAGGAUGUUCAAAUCUCUCAAUGAGAAUGAUUUCAUUAGUCAUAUUUACACUGCAGUACAGUAUCAUUUUAGUUAUCCUCCACUCAUGUUUCUUACUCAAACCUUUAAAAAUAAUAAUUCAACGCAUGUAUAUUGUAAAUACAUAUACUGUAUAAGGAUGGAGAGGUAUGAAAAGGUGAUGGGUUGAUCGCAACAGUCAGCGAGGGAUAGAAAACAAAGUUGGGAAAAAGAAUAUAUGGUACUGUAGUGGAAGUGAAUGCCGGUGAAGAGAGUGAAAUCUUGGGAGUGUUAGAGAUGUACAUGUUUGGCUUGUAGUAAAUUUGACUAACAUUUGGGUCUUGUUCAGAUAAUGAUAGUAUGUGUUGGAUGAAUGUAAACUUUGAUGAUAAUUAGGACGGUAUUAAAGAGGCAAAAACUUUUAUAAAGUAAAGGGUUUGGCGAGUCUUCGGUGAUUUUUCUGUGUUUAAGAGGGCAAGAUGUCUCGGAAAUUAAUGGGAGUAACUACUGUUCCAUUUUAGUUACAGCAGAGUACCUAAUUUGACUGUGGAAAAUUUAGAUAUUGGCAUUAGGAGUAUGGGGAGUAAGAUUGAUGUUAGUGACAAUUUGAGGCCUGGGAAUCUUUAAAAUUCAUAAGAGGAGACAAGUGACUAUGAAGGGAAUGACGGUAGGGAUCAAGUGUUUUGUGUUAAUGAUUUGAAUAAAUGAAACUAGAGAAAUAAGCUUCAACAGGUUUUAUGGAGUUGGAUAAAGGUUAUGACAAGAGGUAGAGUUAUGCGAGCAUGUAGGUUGGAGAGAGAGAUUGUUGAAGUAGGCUAAAGGUGCCUGCAGUGAAAUGAGGAAUGUUACGUAACUAGUAGAGUUGAGUAAUUAAUUAGAAAAAAAAAGUUGGGUGGGGAGGGGGAGUUGAGGAAUCUUCAAACGGAUAGUGAAGAGGUAUACAACAGUUCAGGAUAUAAAGAUGGACGGAGGUAACAAAAAAAAGAUACCAGUUGUUGUUUAUAAAUGAGCAUAAUUAAAAUGAAUAAUUGCACAAGCAAAAUAAAAGGUCAUUUAGAGCAAAGUGGAGAGAGAAAUGGGUGAGAUGAGUAUCAGUGUGGUGGAGUUUAGGAGGUCGAGAUGUUGAAGGAUAUCCAGAAGGGAACUGUAACUACUACCUUCCAAAUUAGAGGGAAAUAGUUCAGAACUAAUUUUACAAUUUCUCUCUUGUUUCUUUUAAUUUCUCCGGUACUUAAAUAUUAUUAUCUCUCGUCACUUAGUCUGUACUUUAUCCAUUGUUUAUACAGAUAUAGUUAAGAUAUCAAAACAUUGAUAUUGCUCUGUGUCUUUGCUUCAUUUAGUGCAUGCUUGUGAUAGAAAAUAUUAAAAAUAUUGUACAGUCCCCAACUUUGGUAGCAAUGAGAGUACUUUAUGAGAUUUAAUUUGCUCUAUAAUUUAGCUAGAAAGUUAACCAUAAUGAAAAAAAUAAUUUUUCAUCUCCAAAUCAUUACAUAAGUAUUAGUUCUCACAGCAUAACACACACAUUCUUGCUUUAGUUUGUUAUAGAAGAAUGACUAAUACACGGCUGUUUCUUAAAAACAAAAACAAAAAACAGUUGAUUUCAUAGUUUUGGAAGUGAAAACUGUUUCUAAUUCAUACAAAAAAAUAUUACUGUAGGUUACCAGUCUCCGAGUCUUGCAUUAUUUACUAACUUUUGAUUAUUACUCUCAUUUAACUUAGAAUUUCUUAAUUUAUUGUACCUUCAUGCAAAUUAAUUUACUCUUGUAAUGGCAUCCAAAGUGAUAUUUAGAACUUUUAAAAAUAUCCCACAACAUAGUUGGUACUAAAUAGUGGUUUGGUGCCUUCUCUCGAUAAUUACUUAGUGUAUGCAAAUUAAACUGUUUAACUAUGUAGCACAAAGCCAUAAUCUAUUGCAGCCUCGAGGGUUACCUCAGCAGUCAUACAUGAGAGCGAGACAAAGGUAGAGUGUGGAAAUGGCAAAUGUUCUACAAAAAGGAACAGUUUCAAAAAUAAAAAGCAGAUUAUCUUUGAUAAUGCUUUGAAUUUCCCAUUCAUAAACCAGAAGCUGAGUUACAUGACUAGGAUGGUUUAGAGGGACAUUACUUAGUUGUAAACCUUUGACUAGGGGCGAGGCAAGCUUAUCUCGUGACAGGCUGCAGCUUGCACUCAGUAUAAUGCCCCUAACAAAAUCUCUACAGUGCAAGUGAUGUCACCUUCAAUCGGUAAUUUAAAUGUCAAUGAAAUUUGAUGUUUUUUUUGUAAAUGUGACCAAAUAAGAAUCAUCAUUUAUGGGGGGAGGGGACAUUUUGUGCAAUCGUACUUGAAGAGAAAUAGCUUUUCAAAAAUAAAAAAUUAUUAUCUUUGACUAUAUGCACAUUAUACAUUACUGUACUAUAAAAAUAAUAAUGACUUCUUAUGGAAACUAAACUUCAAGUUAUUCAGUUUAAAUUAUUACAAGGUAAUUUAAAAAUUUUAUCCAAAGUUUUGAAUAUAUUUUUAAUGUAAUUUUUUAAUGAAUGACAAAUUCUCAGUAAAUAUAAUAUAUUGUGAAGCUUGUUGCAUGUAUCUAUUCAGAGUUGCUCUUCCAUCACAAGCAAGCCUAUUCUGCUAGUGACUUUGUAACCCUUUAUUUGUUUAUCUGUUAAGUGAUCUUGCAGCCUCGGCUUCCAAAAUGCUAUCUCAAAUACUAUAAUCUUAAACUGCUUAUGUUGCUGCGGUAAGAUCAGGGUCUCAUUUUUUUUCCUCGUUACCAAACAAGGAUUUGUGGAAGGUUGGCAUCCAUGGUGUGAAGAGUUUGUGGAAGGCUCGUAUCCAUGUUAUGAAUGGUUUGUAGAAGGUUGGUAUCCAUGGAGUGAAGUGUUUGUGGAAGGGUUGGUAUCCAUGGAGUGCAAGGUUUGUAGAAGGUUGGUAUCCAUGUUUUGAUCACAGCUGGCGCAUUCAUUCCUUUUUUGGAAACCGACAUCGUGCUCAAUCUAAAGUUAUGUGUAAUAAGUCAAAUAAAAGAGAAUGAGUGCUAGGGUGUCUAAUUAUGAUUCCUGUUGAUGGUGUGAUGUUAAUUUAGGUUUUUGUAUUUGGUGUCAGAAAGUUAAAAUGUUCGAAAUAAUUUUUUUUUAUUAAUCUGAAUGUCGAGUCUGUAUGGUGUAUGUGAUUCUUUCAUAAAUUUAUGUAACAUUG